AUGAUAACAAUGACAUUAUUAAAUGAUCUAAAUGGAUUACAGAAACCAGAUAAUCACUACACAUUAGUUUUAUAUCCAGGUGCUGAAACAUAUGAUUCUCUUAGAAAUGCACUAGCUCCUUUAAUUUCUGAUUUAAAUGUAUUAAAAGAGAGAGGUUUUUAUCAAAUAGGUGGUAAUCAUUGGCCAGUAGAAUUGUAUUUCAGUUCUGAUUGGAAAUUUUUGGCAAUUUGUUUGGGAAUGAAAGCUGCUAACGUACAAUACUUUUGUCCUUGGUGUGAUUGUAGCAAAAAUGAUAUUAUUACUACGUCAAAAACAAUUAACAAAUCAAUGGAUGAUAUUAAAAUUAAUUACAAACAAAUAAAUGGCCACAUCAAAGAACUAUUAUUUUAUAUGAUACCACUACAAAAUUGGGUAGUUGAUGAAUUGCAUAUUUUUUUGCGGAUAACAGAUAGAUUUUGGGAGUUAAUGAUUUCUGAUCUUCGCCGUGAAACUGCAGAUGAAGAAAUUUGGAAAGCCAAAAUUUUAUUGGAAAUGCAGAGGCUUAACAUAUCAUUUCAAUUUUGGCAUGAAAAAAAUACCAAUAAUUUAUUAUACACUUCGCUGAUGGGUCCAGACAAAUUAAAAAUCCUCAAAGGAUUUGAUCUUUUUGCUGUUU